AUGGACUCGCCAGCACGCUUUGCUCUUUUGGCGUCGCAGGUCAAGGACUAUCUCCGCGGAAAUGUCGAGCCGCAUCUUAAUGCUGGGGAGCACUUGAAUUACCUGCGAAAUUACAAGCCGCGAAUCGAAUUUGACAGGAUUACAUUAGACCCAGAGAAUCGUAUGCUAAUCAUAUCACCCAAGAUUUUCUCCGAGACGGUGCUCGAUGCUAUCCUCGCCCAGGCUAUUUAUGGCAGGGAGGAGAUGAGGAAGCACUGCUGGUUCAGGCUCAUGUAUAGCUCUCACGCAGCACGCUUAGACAGUUUCCCCAAAGAAAUGAUUGACGAACUACGCCAAAUGCGAACCGAGCUUUACGGCGAAGGCUCACCAGCGAACUUGUAUCCAACCAUUGAGGAUGACGGCCCGCUAUUGACGCCGACUGUGAGCGUCACUGGGAACAAUGUCGCCGAAGACAUUUUUGCGUUGGUGAGCAAACAAAAAGAAGAGACAAUUGCGCUCGGCAGGAAGCAUGAAGCGGAGCUGUUUGAACAACAUGAAGAGAAGAUUGAGCUCGACGAGAAGCAUGAGGCUGAGCUGAGGGAACUAUUCGACACGACAGUCGAGCAAUACCCCGGGCUGAGCGGCAUUUGGCACCCGACUCCCAAAAAGCGCAUUUCCGAUUUCUCCCCUGUCUUUAUAAAGGCAAACAGCAUGCGUCUUUACUGGGCUGCGGCAGCCGCCGUGCUACCCGAUUCGUUGGGCCUCCCUACUUCAUCUGCAAAGAUGGAUACCAUGAUGGAAUUCAGAAACACACCCCCGGGAAGAAAGAUUGAGAGCGGUGUUGAGCUCCGCAUCUUGCCUGUAGGAGAUUCGAUUACAGUUGGUUUUGGGAGUGAGUUUGGCGGAGACGGCGACGGGUACCGGCGUCAGUUGCGAGAUGACUUGUCCGCAAAUAAAGUUGUGUUUGCUGGAACAGAAACGGCUGGCACCAUGGACGACGGAUACUUUGCAGCAUGGAACGGCAAAACGAUUCAGUUUAUAGCAGAUCACAUUGAUCCCUCGCUUGAACAGCGGCCCAAUGUUGUUCUUGUAGCCGCCGGCACCAAUGACAUGAAUCCCAAUCACGCCGUCUCCACCGAGGGCAACGACCCGGUACAAGCCGCCAAUCGACUCGGCAAAUUGGUUGACAGGAUCGUUGGGAAAUGUCCGGACGCGACAGUGUUGGUGGCACUGAUUAUUGAUACUUGCGAUCAAUCACAAGAGCCGCAGACACAGAAGUUCCAGAAGCUGAUCCCCGGCGUCGUCCAAAAGCGCAGAGACGCCGGCCACCAUGUCAUUGCGGUCGACUUUGCCACAUUUGUCCCCAAACAUGGAAACAAGAUUCUUCGCGACUGCAUUCAUCCCACGAACGGCGGGUACAAGAUUAUGGGUGACUACUGGUACGACUUUCUGACGCAGAUCCCCCGCGGCUGGAUCCGGGCUCCUGUCGGUAAGGACCCAAGCCGACCCAGCUCUCAGUUGACCCGGGACUGA